AUGGCGAUGCUUUUCGCAGCGUCGGCGCGUGAUGCGAAGAAGACCCCCUCGGACGCUGGCAGCGACUCCGAAAAGACGGGCUUCGCGCACGGCCACUGGAACGCCACGGGGAAGGCGCGGAACCGGACGCGGCGCUCGGAGUUGGAGGUGCACCGGACCUAUGCGCUGCCCCCUGUACCCAAGGAGCUGAGCUGGGCGAAGCUCCGAUUCCGUGGAGUCGAGGAAGGAGAUCCUGAGAUGUUAGCCGUGGACGAGGAAGUGCGGAAUUUCUAUCCCAGUGUCGGGGAGCUGGAGCCCUUGCACGUGGUGGAGGACCGGCGGCCCAGUUCGACCACGGAGCCCAAGAGCCGACGCAUCGGCGUGGUGUCGCUCUCCAACGCCGUGGCGGCCAGUGGGACGCACAACGCCAUGCUGGGCUUGAGAGACUUCAUGGACCGAAAGGAGAUGGCUGGGUCAACCCUCUUGGGCAUUCGGAACUUGUCGAAGGGCCAUGAGUUUGAAAUUGAAAGGGCCUUCAACAUGUUUGUCAACCAGGCGGGCAGUGACAUGCUGCGGACCAUUCAGCUGGGCCGGGUCAAUAAGACCCUGCUCAACCAGAUGAUCCGGCUUUGUGACAACCUGCGAUUAGAUGCCUUAGUCUUCCUGUGUGGUCCCAGUGAGCUUUCGCAUAUUGGGAAGAUCAUGGAACAUCUGCACAAGGAGAAACCGAAGAUCUUGAUCAACUGCGUUUUGCAUAGCGUCAGCGGCUGGAUUCGGAUGCCUGGGUGGAUCGAAACGAAUCUAGGAUUUGACAGCGCCUGUGCGUGCCUUUGUGAGGUGUCCGGCAACCUCGCUUUGAGCAGGCAAGCGCUGAACCGGGACAUCUACCAUUUCGUGGCUUGUGGAUCGAAGACUCUCACUUUAGAGGUGGCCUUAGAGAUUCGACCCACCUUGUGCUACAUCGGCGAGGAGAUCCGACGGAGGAGGCGGACCUUGGACGAAAUCGUCGAGGAGAUUUGCGACACGAUCGUCGUGCGGAACUGCGAGCACGACUUGCAUGCCGGAGUCAUCAUGAUCGCAGAUGACUUUUUCGAGCAGAUGGUGGAGAUGACGGAGCUACGUCUAGAGAUGCACAGGCUACGUUCCGAGCGCACCAUGGAGCUGUCGUCCGAGGAAGCUGCCUUGACCUUGUUGCCAGAGCACCUUUUGAGUUUCUACUCUUCGUUGCCCAAGACUCAUCAACACGCUCUGGUCUUCAGGACAGGGCUCGAUGAUCUCCCUUUGCUGCUGCCCUUAGACGUGGAACGCAUCGUGGGGAACUUGGUGGCCGGCCGCCUCUCCAGGCGAAAGCAACGAGGGCUUCGGUCGGUACAUCACUUCGAACAACACCCACACAGCUUAAGGCACAUUGCACUGAGUCCCAUGCCAAGCAUCCUGGACUGCUACUUGGGUUAUGUCCUGGGCCAUGUCGUGGGCGCCCUGAUCGAGCAGCAGAAGUCGGGCUAUGUGGCCAAUGUCCGCAACGUGGGAGAGGAUGUCCUCGAGUGCCGUGCUCGGAGCAGCCAUGGCUUCGUCAUGGUGGAUCAAGGUCCAGGUUUGAUGCUGCAAGUGGUUGGGGGGCCAGUGGUUGCCAGUCGGUAUGAUUGGUAUGUGUUUCUUUUCUGGACCAUGACCAUGUUUCCCUUUUUUUGAUCCUUUUUGUAAAUUCCUGCGAGGGCAUACGUAGGUUGGAGGGCAGUUCGACUAAGGAUGAUAAAGACGAGAGGAGCUGUGUGAAGGUAGGCUGCAGGCUGUUUUAUGAUAUUUUAUGUAAAAAUUCUUAUACCGUGUUCAACCAGACUUUGCUUGGCUUGCUUGCUUGGUUUGCUCAGACUGGCAGGCCUCAAAGUUUAAAGAAACGUCCAGAGAGUUCAGAGCUUGGAUACCCUACAUUUUUUGAAGUCACUCUGCUCAAGCAGUGGGCGCUGAGCACCAUGAACGAGGGCAAGGA